AUGCUACUGAGGUUAAAAACAACAUUACUGCUUGCUACGGUUUCAUGUUUCCUUGUUGCACAAUGUUCCUAUGAAGUGUGGCCAGAUUUUGUCGAUGAUGGACGUGAAAAUUUCCCGAAACCAACGUCUUGGGAAGAUAAAAAUUAUGGCCAGUGGUGCCGAAAUAGGACCUUGGGAGUGCAUGUUCAGUGUCAAAUGGGUUCAGCAGUUCAUCUGUAUGAAUGCUGCGGUGUCAGCGGUACCGAAUGUUGUUUCAGACUUCAGCCAGUAGUCAUUGCAUAUGGUGGAGCUGUAGUACUGGUCACAAUUAUUUCGAUCAUUUUUAGCUUGCUGCUCAAAUAUAACAUCAUUUGUCCGGUGAAUCCCGAUCAUCAGGAUGUCGAAUAUCAAGAUAUCUCAAAAGUUACAUCAUAA